CCAAAACAAGAUUGGAGCCGAAUCGUAUCGUACAACUAAAUUUGAAAAGUCAUCUUUGAAUUUGAAAAUUUUAUAACAAAGUCGAGAUAUUAUGGUUUAUUUUAUUUUUAGUAAUGGCUUUAAGAAAAGUUGCAGAUGAACAAUUGCAGACUGUAUCAGAACUGCUUUAUCGCCUUUGUACCAAAAUAACUGGACUAAAUGGAGGUAAAACUCAUCAAACAAUAACAAUUCAACAGUUUGAACAAUUGUCAAUUGUCAAUUUAAAUUUAAUAAAUUAUAAGACUAUUACUAUUAUAAAUUAUAAUACUAUUAUUAUUUACUAUUAGUAUUAUCUAAAUAAUAUAAUUUAUACUAUGACUCUAUAGUUAGGCCAAUUUAUUUUUAAAAUUAAAUAAUGUUGAUAAUUUAGGAUUUAGGCCAAUUCGGGUGCCAGAAUCUGAGAAUUGUCACCACUUUGGCUUGAGCAGAAGAAUGCCAGAUUAAGCUCCCAGCAAAAUUGGGGGGGGGGGGGUUUACUGUUUGGGGGGGAGGCUCAUUGAACCACCCCCGCCCCACCACCUGAUGACCAUUAUUUUGCUUAUUAUCCAUGGUAAUUAAAAGAAAAACUUGACACUACUGUCUCUCUUACUUAUAUUUAAUGUUAACUAUGCCUUAUGCACUCUCCACAGUUACCCCCAACAAUUUAAGCACUUAUUUUCUUAAAAAGUGAUAGCUAUAAGCUAGUUUUGUUGUUCAGAUGGCAGCCACAAUCACAUAAUGCACAACAUUCUAUACCUUGUGCCUUGUUAUCCGAAUUUACAAAAAAAUAGACCUCUCAUUUUUGUUUUAAAUAAUAAAGAGACAUGUAUAACUUAAUUCAUAAAGAAAAAUGUUGAAAAGACUAUACUACUAUAUCAGCUAUUAUAGCCUCUAUAAUUUAUAAUUUCUUUUACUGAUAGUCACGGUGAUCCAAGACAAGACACUGGGCAGUAUAGUAUAUUCAUAAAAUGAGCUAAUAUUUUUUAAUGAAAUGAUUUAUUACACAGGUGAUGUUGUCCAUCAUGUACAAUAUGCACAUACAAUUUGCAGCAGGUAAGGAAUUGAACAUUUUCUUAUUAUACACACCAAUCUCUUUCAUAUUUAGCUAGUUGUAUAUUAACGUUCAAAGUAUAAAUAGGAUACCAACUUUUCCUCCAUUUUAUGGGUUGUGGAAAAUUAAAGACCUAAAUUAUCCAUUAAAAGAAAAAACAAAGAAAACUAUAUUUAAAAUUGUAAUCAGACCAGUUGUAAAAUACACAAGUGAAACUUGAACCCUGACAAAAAAUGGCAGAAAACAUAUUAAACACAUGGAAGAGAAAAUUUCUCCCAAAAAGUUUUCUGGAAAAUAUAUGGAUCAACAAAGGAUGAGUAUGGAGGAAGAACAAGAACCAACCAGGAAUCGUAUACUCUAUAUCAGAAUCCCCUGCUAGUAGCAGAAAUAAAAAAAUGGGCAGGACUUUUAAAAAGAAUGCCAAAUGACAGAGGAGUGAAGAGGGUGCACCACCUAAACUCCAGAGGAAAACGGCUGAAAGGCAGACAUAGGCUUAGAUGGAUGAAAGAUGUGGGGAAAGAUCUACGCAGCUGGGAGUCCAAGCUUGGAAAAGAAAAGCAUCAGUUAGAAAUGAGUAGACUGAGUAGAAGAAAGUGGUGAGGCAGUGCAAAGCCUUGCAUGAUCUGUAGCGCCACAUGAUGGAUAAAUUAUCAGUUUACGCAGGCAAUUAGUAACUAGUUUGAGAUUGUUUCUAUCUUUCAACUCUACAAAGGUCGUUCAUAUCUACUGUAUAGGACUCAGCUUUUAAUGAAUGAAAUUAUUCAGUUCUUUUUUUUAUUUGUUCCAUUAUUGAAUGUAAUAAUAGGAUGUUAUAUGGGAAAUUUAUGUGCAGCUAAAGUACUUGUGUUUCUACUCCACACUUUUAGCCAAACAUCCACAAAAGAUGAAGAUGAAUUUCGUAUUGUAGAGCGGUUGAAGAAGCAGUGUAAGUUGUUUUUUUUAAAAAUCUUUAUACAUUUUUUAUGUAAUUUUUAGAACAAGCCUCGAUUUUUUAUAUUAGCUAAGAUCAAUCUGGAAUGAAACUUUUAAUUUCAAGAACAAAAUUAGCAUAACAUGUAAAAUCUCAUAUGCUUUGAAAAUACACAAAUUGUGUUUUGAUUUCAUCUUGGCAUUCAACAUUUAAUUAAAGAAUUUCUGUGAUCACCAAUUAAUUUUAAACUGAUACAAUGCUGUUUUUAUAUUUCCUACGCAAAUUCAUCUUACUCCGCAUAGUGGUGCGUCAUGGAAAAGAGAGAGAUGCAGCACAUUUUGCAGACUUGCACCGCAAGUUGCAAUCUCAGGUAGGCAAUGAACAAGUUAAUAGAUUAUAGAGACAGUAAGGAGAACUAGUCUUACUUCCAACUGCUUAAAUAAAAAAGAUUAUUCAUCGACUUUCAUAUCCUAGUAAUAAGAUUUAAGCAACUGUUAAAAAUUAUUGAGGAAAACUGCUGCAUGUUGCAAUGUAACUAAAAGUUUAGCCAUGAUUGAUUCUAAUAAUAUUGUUUUUGUGCUCCAGAUGUUGUUGAGAAACAGAUCUGCAAUAUUAAAGCUAUUACAAGAAUUGUCAUCAUUAGAUGACCAAAGCCAACAGGUGAGGUUUUAGUUAUAGAUUUCAAGAUUUCUUACUUUACCAAAUAGUCUUCUCAUUAAUAAAUAACUAUACAUUGUAUAUUACAGCGUAUGAUGCCAGAAAUUUAGGGUUAAAAAAUGUACUUAGGGUGUAAAUUUAGGGUUUUGCGUUAUUUGUGCACUGUCUGGGGCCGGACUGUGGUUAUUUGUGCACUGUCUGGGGCCGGACUGUGGUUAUUUGUGCACUGUCUGGGGCCGGACUGUGGUUAUUUGUGCACUGUCUGGGGCCGGACUGUGGUUAUUUGUGCACUGUCUGGGGCCAGACUGUGGUUAUUUGUGCACUGUCUGGGGCCGGACUGUGGUUAUUUGUGCACUGUCUGGGGCCGGACUGUGGUUAUUUGUGCACUGUCUGGGGCGGGACUGUGGUUAUUUGUGCACUGUCUGGGGCCGGACUGUGGUUAUUUGUGCAUAAGCAGUUUUUUAGAAUUAUCCAGUAACACUUUAUAUUUAAACAUAGCACCAAGAAAAAAAUUAUGAAUCAGUCCCUGUUGCUGCAAGCCCAUUCUAACAUAGGGGUCCUCAAACUUUUUCAUCAGUGGGCUAUUUCAGUGCCCCGUAGACUCCUGGGACCCAGUUCACUGUCCCUAAGACACUGUCUGGGGCCGGACUGUGGUUUGAAAAUAAUAUGAACGAAUGCACAUCACUCAUAGUGAAAAGAACGGGAAAAAUCAAUGUAAUAUUUAAAAGGAAUAAAAAAUUGAAACAAUAUAGUUAUUAGUAUUUCAAAGGGAAUUAUGGGUCUGCUUUAGGCAAAGAAGAUCUUCAAUGUUCGUUUCCAUUUAUUAGUUACUGCAAGCCGGGUUAUGGACAUGUGGCGGGCCAUAGUUUGAGGACCCAUGCUUUAACAGGUUAACUACUUUUCUAAAUGGAUAAUCACAAUUUUUGAAUGUAAAUAACUUCUUUUAAAGUCCGAUUUAAUUCAAAUUUUGAGUUUUUACAUCAAAGAAUAGCAAUUUCAUAAAUAUAGGACCCAGAUGAUGAAUUGGAUGGCAAUUCAGAUGUAACUAAUUAUAAUUCAUCAGUUAAUUAAGCUAUCUCUAGUAAUACAGAUUCCUGGAAGUGUAUGCAUUUAAAUCAAGCUAAAUGAAUAUUGUCUGUCUUGCAAAGUCAUUGACUUUACUGUUUUAUAACCUUAUGUUUCACCGUUCUGCGAGAAAAGUUAUGUUAUGGAAUGAGAUGAAUUGAUCGCAUUUUACACGGAUGUGUCCUUUUUGGGCUUUUUUCAAACAAAGAGUUAGGGUUCUUGUUAAACAUGGAUCACAAUGAAAGCAGUAAUAACGGUGAUAAAAAGAAACUAUAUUGCAUGAAUAGUAAAGAAAUAUGCACUUUUGAAUAUUAAUGCCUAGACCUUGACCCUGAUCAGUAAAAUAACAUCCCGGGAAUGUGUUAUUCUUCAUUAGCCAUUAUCAAUUCCAGUAUCAUUUCACAUUAGUCAAUUUGUAUUUAUAUCAGUAUUGGUUCCAGUAUCAUUUCAUGCUAGUCAACUUUUUUUUUGCUAUUUCUCAGGCCAAAGUCUCAAGAAUAGGUUUUGCUACUCAUGGUAUCCCGUCUCACCUGGUGUCAACCCCAUAUAACGCUAUAGAUGUCCGAGGCAUAAAACCGCAAGAAAGAACCUCUGCUCUAACUUUGUCCAAUGCAUCUCAUUACACGGGGGGUAGCAGUGGCAUUAGCAGCAUCAGGAGCAGGGACUUCAGUGGUGGGGAUGCUGAAACUCUGGCGCAGUCGUUUAUUCCAAGGUAAAUAGUCAGCUUAUAAGUAUAAUGGUAAUGAGGGGGAGAAUUCAUCAAAACUAUUAAGUUAAUGGAUGUCAUGUCAAAUCCGUGGGUAGCUUUAAGAACAAUGCUUACAAUACCUAUUACUGUAGCCGCUGGUGCUUAUAAAAACAUAUUUACGAUUAUCCAUGUCUCAAGACAGAAUGAAUUGGCAAUCUUGCUGAUAGAAAAAAUUAUAUUGUAAAGAAUAUAAAUAUAGAAAGUGAAAUAAAAAGAUCUGCUUAUCUCAAGGCUGGGGAAAAAAAAUGCCAUCAGCAGGCUUAUUGCUCCUACUGUCCAAAUAGAAGUUAAGAAAAACAAUAUCAUUUUUUGUUUUAAAAAAAAAUCUAGGUAAAUAAACUCAUUACCUAACCCCCUAAUUUUUUUCCUUGCAAAAAUGUUAAUGAUUAUUCUUAAAAGGUGUCUCCAGAGUUAAGCUUGCCUUUAUGUGUGCCGCCAUUAAAAUGAGAGGAGUGGGGAUAUUGUUUGGUUUGUUAUGAUGUGUGAAUAUGUUCAGUAAAUCUAUCAGAUUCCCCUCAGACUCUUAUUCCCCCUCUAACCAAUAACACAAGCGGCACUUUCAGCAGACAGCCGCAUGAAUCACAUUGUGACUUAAGACCAAUGUCUCUUGUUUUGCGUCUACUAGCCACUUGGCCACUCCAGCAUUGGGCUUAAAUCGACCCACCAAUGCAGACCCUCACGCCAACAGAUUGCGCACAGUUUCCAUUUUUAGCAGACAUGUUGAAAAUAAAGGUAAUUCUAAUAAUACUUUAUAAAAAUUAUAAUUUGUGCAACUUCAGUGAAUUUAGUGAACAUUUAAAUAUAAUUAAAUGAAAUUUGUAUUCUUCAAAAAAUAUUUUUUAAAUAUUUAAAUAUAUAUUUUCAAGCUUUGUUUACCUUGAGGUAUAUAAUAACAAGGUUAGAAAAAAUAUUAUAUAUAUACAGGGCUUGAGCAAGUAAAUAAUUUGUUAUUAAAUGCUUUUCUCCCAUUGCCUCCAUGAAAGUAAUCAUGUGCCAUGCCAUUGUACUAAAUAAAAUGAGUAAAACAGAGUAGGGUUAAACCUGAAAAAAUAAACGCAACAAAACAGCGAACGUGUCGGCAGAAAGCCUUCGUCAGCGAACAAAACAACAGAAAAAACGGUAUAAAAAUAAGAAAUAGCACUUAGCUGGUAAGUAGUAUCUGNUAUUUCUUAUUUUUAUACCGUUUUUUCUGUUGUUUUGUUCGCUGACGAAGGCUUUCUGCCGACACGUUCGCUGUUUUGUUGCGUUUAUUUUUUCAGGUUUAACCCUACUCUGUUUUACUCAUUUUAUUUUGUACUAACCUGAUUGCAGUCUCUCCCCUUAUUACCCAUUGUACUAAAGCUUCAUAACUUCCACAGAUUAGUUCAGUGACACCCCACACCCACACAGUGGAGCAUUUGUGUAUCACCUAGGCCAGGGGCCCUCAAACUUUUUAAGCAAGUUGGGGGGGGGGGGGGGAGAUGGAGAUCCAGAUCAGUGUCCCCAGACACCGUUGGGGACUGGACUAUAGUUUGAAAAAAAUAUGAACGAAGAAAUCUAUGCACACUGCUCAUAUCUCAUUUGUAGUGAAAGAAAAGCCUUGGAAAAAACCCACCACAUUUAAUAUGAGGAAAAAAUAUAUUUACAGUUUCAGCUUAAUAGUAUUUCAAAGGAAAGUAUGGCUAACAACACGAUACAUGUCUGGUUCUAUAUUUGUCACUGCCAGCCAGGCCAGAUUAAGGAACUCCCGGGGGACCAGAUCUGGCCCAUGAGCCCUAGUUUGAAGACCCUUGAGAUACAAUAAUAGUCCUACAACUUGUCAUCCAAGAGCCCUAAUAAUUGCAGUCAUGUUAAGUCAUCAUACUGUUUUCAAUUUUUGCAGAAAAUAUUCCCAGUUCCCAGCAAGCAGCAAACAGUUUACCAAGAGGGACUCUGACACACCAGGGAGACAGAAGUAAGGAGAUCCUGACUAUGAAAUUGAAUGUUUGUGUUGCUGGAGUUACAGGAAAAAAAACAACUAAGCAAUUGUGAUCUUUGGUUGAUGAAAGUUGCACAGAGAGCCAUUUAAGAAUUUGUUAAUUAUUCUCCCUUCACAUUCCCAUCAUUAUUCUUCCAUUACCUUCUUAUCAUCAUUCUUCCUUACCUUUCCAUAAUUAUUCACCUUCCCAUCUUUAUUCUCCUUUCACCUUCCCAUCAUCAUUCUCCCUUCACCUUCCCAUGAUUAUUCUUCCUUCAGCUACCCAUCAGCCCACAGAGCAAGGAAUACUUAAGGAUCUAGUGUAUGUACUUCAGGGCAUCUCAGGCCAUUGGAUCAAGUUCGACACUAUUGCAGAUGCCUACAAAGUGGACAAUGAGGUGUGCGCUAAUCCUUUGAACCCUUGACUCCUGGUCCUAAAAUAUUUACGCCUCUGGGCGCCUUGGGAAAAUGUACACCAACAGACACACAAAGAAAAAGAAGGAAAUAAUUAUAAAAUUAAAUAAUUUUAUUUAUUUCAGUCUUUAUUUUUAUGUUAGUAGUCCUUCGCUAUUACAAAAUCUAUCAAACGGAGAAAUGUUUUUUUUAGUAUUUGUGUAGAACAACAUAGUCGGUUUCAUCCCCUGAUUUUUAACACCCAGACCUGUAAAGUGAAACCACACUUCAAAGUCAAAGGAUAAUCUACCUUUGACCUUGAUUAUUUUAAAAAACUAAUUUUGGGGAAUCAUAGAAUUACCCAGAUUACAAUAAAAUGCAGCCAAACUUUAGCAUCAUAUUUUUAAUUUUUGUUAUGUACCAAUUAAAUAGGAAUAAAGAUUAUCUAUUAGUAAUGCUUAUAAUGUAAUUUGAAAAUAUUUUUAAUUCACGUUCCUUCUGAUUUUAAAUGGUUUAAAGAUAAGAUAACAGAUUAAGACAUGAUAAGUGAUUUUUUUUUUAGUGUUUAGCUUGUAAGAAACACUUUUAAUUUGCUUGCUCUAAAUGACAUUUUCCAGUCCGGCAUCCCAAAAGUUUACAAACAAGAACUUUUGAAAAUAUCAGAGUGUGGCUGGCUGUACAUGAAAAUCAAAUCUUACAUUGACCAUCAUUCUACAGACAAAGCAUUUGGACUGGUCGGUCAGGUAAGUCAGAUUAUAUAGCCCAAACUCUAGUGCAGUGUUGGUGCUGGUCAGUAAGGUAUGAUAGUGGUUUGCCUUCUGGUAUCAUAGUGGUUUGUCUUGUAAUAUCAGUGAUUUGUCUUGGGAUAUUUUGUGGUUCAUCUUGUGAUUAGAUGGUUCAUGUUUAGUCUUUGUAGAGAGUUGGUUUAAGAUAUAGUGAGUUCUUGUCUGAGUUUGUCAGUAGUGUUAAACAGAUAUGAUUUAUUUCAACCAUGUGUAUCUUUUCAUUGAGUCUGUUUACCUGUGUUGUAUAUGUUGACAGAUAUAGAGCUAGUUAAUCAUUAUGUCAUUGUACAAAUGCUGGGGAUGGAAGAUAGUGCAGUCUGAUAAAUCAAUUGUAUGUUUAUAUCUAGAACUAUGUGUUAGUCUAUUUUUACAUCACCACAUCCCACAAUGCACCAGUUGCAUGUGACUGAUAGGUGACCUGUCAUCCUGGACAAUCUCAUUAAAAAGCUGUGGUGAACUUAAUUUACCUGCAACUGGUCUGAUCCUAUGUAUUUACCUGCAACUGGUCUGAUCCUAUGUAUUUACCUGCAACUGGUCUGAUCCUAUGUAUUUACCUGCAACUUGUCCAAACUUUUCAGAGUUUUUGUGCUGCCCUAAACCAAGAUCUGACAGAAUAUCUGCGACUGAUUUCCAUAUUAGAGGCCCAGGUAAGAAUUGGGUCACAUUUUGAAUUUGCUCAACUCUUUCUUAAAAAAUUUUUAAGAUGUAAAAAAAUUAUUUUUUUUUAAAGGAAAAGUUUAAGUCAUACACAAGCCACAUAUUCAAGACCUUCUGCAUGUUGCAUGUAAAGCCUCCAGCCAAAAGCCUUCUUUGUAAGGGCUGCAUGAGAUGAUCUCUGAUAGAAAGCCAUCUUUGUAAGGGCUGCAUGAGAUGAUCUCUGAUAGAAAGCCUUCUUUGUAAGGGCUGCAUGAGAUGAUCUCUGAUAGAAAGCCUUCUUUGUAAGGGCUGCAUGAGAUGAUCUCUGAUAGAAAGCCUUCUUUCUAAUGGCUGCAUGAGAUGAUCUCUGUUAGAACAAAGAUGAAAAUAUGAAGCCGCAAAAUAAAAGCUUUCAAUAAAACAGGUGGUCAGCCUAUGGGUCUCUCAUGGUCUUUUGAAAGGCUAAAUUUGUCCUUGAUUUGUCCCGCAAGACCUUCCAGAAAUUAAUUAAGUUUUUCUAAAAAUGACGAAAAUUGUGAAUGAUUACCUGUAAAAGCCCUGUUAAAUAAAUGUAUAAUCAGUUUAUAACACAGUGGAAUUUGGAAUAUCUGAACUAACACUCCUUGUCUCUUCCCUUGUGUUGUUUUUUGAUUGAGCCAAUAAGUAAUUAUUGUUUGUGAGAAGAGAAUCUGUGAGAGAAUGGACUACUUUAUACUCUACAGUGCCAAAUUUGAAAAGUUAGGUUAGAUGGCCAUUGUGGCGAAUUUGACAUUUAAAAUUUAUCAUAAGGUAGGGGUUAACUUAACUUGUGGUCCACAGACCCCUUGGAGAGUCAGUGACCUUUCAUUUCUUUUGUUAUUUUAUUUCAUGCUUUAAAAAACUUGAAUCUGACAAGUGGCCUUCAUCUGACUUGCAAAGGGGUCCAUGGCACAAAACUAAGUUUAAGAACCCCUGUCAUAGAGUGAGUUUAGAAUGCGACAAUGUAUGAGAAUCUUCCCAUGUGACUUGAUGUAGGCUUUAAAAAUCUUUGGAUUGUUAUGUGACAGCUUCAGCAAGAUCUGGAUCCAGGGAUGCAGGAAACCUCUAACCUUACAUUGUCUCGAUUGCGAGUCUGGACAUUUGACCCCCUGAAACGUCUCAAGUGGUUAGCGGCAUUAGUAGACACUUGUAAAGGUAACUGUUUCAAAUAAAGCAUUAGUAGACACUUGUAAAGGUAACUGUUUCAAAAAAUGCAUUAGUAGACACUUGUAAAGGUAACUGUUUCAAAUAAAGCAUUAGUAGACACUUGUAAAGGUAACUGUUUCAAAAAAUUCAUUAGUAGACACUUGUAAAGGUAUCUGUUUCAAAAAAUGCAUUAAUAGACACUUGUAAAGGUAACUGUUUCAAAUAAAGCAUUAGUAGACACUUGUAGAGGUAACUUUUUCAACUUUACUUCAUUCUUCAACAGUAUCACAAAAUAAGGUGAUAAUUUAUGUCUUCGUCAUAUUACAUGAUUUAUGUAUGUGUUAUAUUAUAUGAUAUGCAAUACACAAUGAUGAUAAUGUUUUCAGUCUGAACUUAGGUCCCCAUCCACCUGUCCUAUCAUUGUACCGUUUCCCCCACAGGUAAAAAAGGAGGUGCCCUGACCUCCACCAUAUUUUCCUACACUCACCACGGUGACCCAUCUGUUAAGACUUUAAUCACACACCUCCUGACCUGGGUCAGUCAACCAAUUUACGCCACUCUACUGCGCUGGAUGUACGAUGGUGAACUGGAUGAUGCUUACCAUGAGGUGAGAAAUACAAUGAUUUAAUAGUGGUGAGAAAUAGAAUGAUUUAAUUGUGGUGAGAAAUACAAUGAUUUAAUUGUGGUUAGAAAUACAGUGAUUUAUUGUGGUGAGAAAUAUAAUGAUUUAUUUGUGUAAGAUUUGUUAAUCAAUUUUAAGGAUCAUUUGAGUUAUUAUUUUAAAAAAAUGAAGAAUCAACACACACAAUUCUCUAUAAUCAAUUUAAAAAAAAAAUAAACCUAAGAAGAAAUAAAAAAUAAUAAUCUUCAAUCAAUAUUUAAAAAAUGUUAUAAAAAAAAUAAUAAUAAUAAGAUCCAUAAGCCAUUGGAUAAAUGGAAAUCUGAAUGGAAUAACAUUAAAAUAUAAUUGGAAAACUUAACCUUUUAGUAGAGGUUUAUAUUCCUUAACAGAAAGAUUUGCAAUCUAUGACAUCUGGCCUAAUCUCAUCUUUCAAUAUAACAUGAGUCUUUCAGAUAACUGUUUCAUAAUCUCUUCUUUUUUCCCUUCAGUUUUUUGUUGCUUCUGAUCCAACAAUCACAAAUGAGCAACUGUGGCGAGACAAGUACAGCCUUAGGAAAACCAUGAUUCCUUCAUUCAUCACUAUGGACCAAGCAAGCAGGGUAGGAGUUUUGGUGCAAUGUCUGUCAUUUUAUGAGAGCCCAGUUGGUGAAAUAUAGGGUAGGACUUUUGGUGUAAUUUGGGUAGUCCAGUUGGUGAAAUGUAGGGUAGGACUUUUGGUGUAGUUUGGGUAGUCCAGUUGGUGAAAUAUAAGGUAGGACUUUUGGUGCAAUCUGUAGUAGCCCGGUUGGUGAAAUGUAGGGUAGGACUUUUGGUGUAGUUUGGGUAGUCCAGUUGGUGAAAUAUAAGGUAGGACUUUUGGUGCAAUCUGUAGUAGCCCGGUUGGUGAUAUACAUUAAAAUCAAGAGAAAUCCCAUUCAAUCGGUUCAGAUUUUCAUUCCUGCUUAAGCCAUGUCGCCAGUUGGUAAAAUUUUUUCUUUUUCUCCACACCAAGACGAAUCAUUUCAGUUUGUCAAAUUGAUAAUGUCUUUACAUCAACACUAAUCAUUUCAUGGAUAUAUCUAUGCCUAAGUUGAUAAUGUCUUUACAUCAACACUAAUCAUUUCAUGGAUAUAUCUAUGCCUAAGUUGAUAAUGUCUUUACAUCAACACGAAUCAUUUCAUGGAUAUAUCUAUGCCUAAGUUGAUAAUGUCUUUACAUCAACACUAAUCAUUUCAUGGAUAUAUCUAUGCCUAAGUUGAUAAUGUCUUUACAUCAACACGAAUCAUUUCAUGAAUAUAUCUAUGCCUAAGUUGAUAAUGUCUUUACAUCAAAACGAAUCAUUUCAUGGAUAUAUCUAUGCCUAAGUUGAUAAUGUCUUUACAUCAACACGAAUCAUUUCAUGGAUAUAUCUAUGCCUAAGGGCCAUCAAAAUGUUGUACAAAGCCAGAAAAAUGUUGUACAUAUGCCUGUCUACUGAUUUCAGAUUCUUCUUACUGGCAAGUCCAUCAACUUUCUUCGCCAAGUCUGUGAAGAUAGAACACCAACGAAGGGCAGGGAGGUGGCCAUGAACUUGGAUCUUACUCAAGGUCAUUAAAUGAUCAAUCUGUCGUGCACACUUAAUUAUAUGCAGGUGCUGUAAGCUAUGACAGCACAGCCUCUUGAUACUGUCAGUAGCCUAUUAAUUUGUUCAGUGCUGGAUAAAAAUAGAUUUUAAAUUUUCUUGUUAACAAGUUGGGGUUUGCCUUGUUUUGAAGACUGAUUCAAAUAAAUGUAGAAAAAAAAAUCAAACCUUUAUCUGGCCACAUAAAUCAGAAUUUAUCUGGCCACAUUUUGCCCCCAUUAAUUCUACAUUUUAACAGUUUAUAUCCACAGUCCCACAGAGUAAUAAAUCCCAUCUAUCCACAUGACUUAUCCCCCACUAUGGGGAAAAGUAAAGUUAUAUUCACUGUAAACUCUAAUUUUGUCAAGUCAGAUGUUAUUGAUUUCAUUAAUUUGAUUACAGGAAGCUGUAUUACUACAGCAUAAUUAGCUGGGGAAUUAUGUCUGAUUACAACAAAGUCAUUCAUUUUCAAUAAAUUUGCUAUUGAUUAGUGUACAAACAAUCAAAAUUUGACAGAAAUCAGACUUCAAACAAGUUAUUUACAUUUAAAAGUUGCGAUCGACCUAUUUAUGAAUGAAGUAACCAUGCUAUGAGGUGUUCGCAGCUAAAGGGAGAUUAUUCAUGAAUUUUUCUUGUUGCUAUGUUAUAAGGAUGCCAUUUGGCGAUGUUUGUAUAAAAAAAAAUGUCAAUGAGUCCCCACCCUUGUGGCGUCCCAUGCAUAUAAAAUGUUGAUCAUAUUUCCUAGUAACCUCCCAUUAACUCUCCAUUCUAUCCCUGACAGCUGCAAGCAUGUUUUCUCAGGAUCAAAACUCUGACUUUCAACAAAUGUUGGACAAGGUCUAUGAGCUGACAUCACAGCACCUGCUGGAGGUCCUUCAGGUCAAGUACAAGUUUUUGGAACACCUCAAGGUUUGUAUGUUGACAGAAAGACAGCUAGAGAACAUAAACAGAUUGUCAGUCUCAUUAAUGUGGCACGAACGUUUUGUACAUCGAAAACAUUCAGCAUAAAUUAAAUAUACAUUAUAUAUAUAUAUAUAUAUACUAUGUAUACCUAAAAAUGAAAGACUAAAAAAGAAUAAGAAUGGGCACAAGUUGUACUUGUGUUGUUUGUUUGGGACAUGAGAUAUUUGAUGAAAUGUUGUACUUGUGUUGUUUGUUUGGGACAUGAGAUAUUUGAUGAAAUGUUGUACUUGUGUUGUUUGUUUGGGACAUGAGAUAUUUGAUGAAAUGUUGUACUUGUGUUGUUUGUUUGGGACAUGAGAUAUUUGAUGAAAUGUUGUACUUGUGUUGUUUGUUUGGGACAUGAGAUAUUUGAUGAAAUGUUGUACUUGUGUUGUUUGUUUGGGAAAUGAGAUAUUUGAUAAAAUGUUGUACUUGUGUUGUUUGUUUGGGACAUGAGAUAUUUGAUGAAAUGUUGUACUUGUGUUGUUUGUUUGGGACAUGAGAUAUUUAAUGAAAUGUUGUACUUGUGUUGUUUGUUUGGGACAUGAGAUAUUUGAUGAAAUGUUGUACUUGUGUUGUUUGUUUGGGACAUGAGAUAUUUGAUGAAUUGUUGUACUUGUGUUGCUUGUUUGGAAAAUGGGAUAUUUGAUGAAAUGUUGUACUUGUGUUGUUUGUUUGGGACAUGAGAUAUUUGAUGAAAUGUUGUACUUGUGUUGUUUGUUUGGGACAUGAGAUAUUUGAGGAAAUGUACUUUUGUUAUUUGCUUGUUAGGCAAUGAGGAGAUAUUUGCUGCUUGGGCAGGGAGAUUUCAUACGCCACCUCAUGGAUCUGCUGGAGUAAGUUACAACUGAUGUUGGUGGUCAUCUUGUUGUUGUGGUGUAAAAGCCUACUACAAACAUCUUUCUAACCGUUUACUACAAAUAUCUUUCUAACCGUUUACUACAAACAUCUCAUUAACAUACUUCAAACAUCUCUUUCUGCUACAAACAUCUCUGUCUACUACAAACAUCUUUCUGUUUACUACAAACAUCUUUCUGUUUACUACAAAACAUUUCUGUGUACUACAAACAUCUCUCUAACUUACUUAGUCAAGUAGAUUUCUGUCUAGAUCCUGUGUUUGUUAUUUGUUUUGUUUGUUUGUACAAGUUGUUUGUUAGGUAGGGCACCAUCGUUAUGAACUCCUUCAGCGUUAGGCAGGACACCACUCUUAUGUUCUCCUUCAGUGCUAGGCUGGGCACCACUGUUAUGUACUCCUUCAGUGCUAGGCAGGACACCACUGCUAUGUUCUCCUUCAGUGCUAGGCAGGGCACCACUGUUGUGUACUCCUUCAGUACUAAGCAGGGCACCACUGUUAUGUACUCCUUCAGUUCUAGGCAGGGCACCACUUCUAUGUACUCCUUCAGUGCUUGGCAGGACACCAUUGCUAUGUUCUCCUUCAGUGCUAGGCUGGGCACCACUGUUAUGUACUCCUUCAGUGCUAGGCAGGGCACCACUGUUAUGUACUCCUUCAGUGCUUGGCAGGACACCACUGUUAUUUACUCCUUCAGUGCUAGGCAGGGCAUCACUAUUUUAUGUACUCCUUCAGUGCUAGGCAGGGCACCACUAUUUUAUGUACUCCUUCAGUGCUAGAUUUGUGUACUCUUUCUGUGUGAGGCAGGGCACGACUAUUUUUUGUACUCCUUCAGUGCUAGGCAGGGCACCACUAUAUUAUGUACUCCUUCAGUGCUAGGCAGGGCACCAUUAUUUUAUGUACUCCUUCAGUGCUAGGCAGGGCACCACUAUUUUAUGUACUCCUUCAGUUCUAGACAGGGCACCACUGUUUUAGUACUCCUUCAGUUCUAGACAGGGCACCACUAUUUUAUGUACUCCUUCAGUGCUAGGCAGGGCACCACUGCUAUGUUCUCCUUCAGUGCUAGGCAGGGCACCACUCUUUUAUGUACUCCUUCAGUUCUAGACAGGGCACCACUAUUUUAUGUACUCCUUCAGUGCUAGGCAGGGCACCACUAUUUUAUGUACUCCUUCAGUGCUAGACAGGGCACCACUAUUUUAUGUACUCCUUUAGUGCUAGACAGGGCACCACUGUUUUAUGUACUCCUUCAGUGCUAGGCAGGGCACCACUGCUAUGUUCUCCUUCAGUGCUAGGCAGGGCACCACUCUUUUAUGUACUCCUUCAGUGCUAGGCAGGGCACCACUAUUUUAUGUACUCCUUCAGUGCUAGACAGGGCACCACUAUUUUAUGUACUCCUUCAGUGCUAGACAGGGCACCACUGUUUUAUGUACUCCUUCAGUGCUAGACAGGGCACCACUAUUUUAUGUAUCCCCAUGGGAUGUCUUCACAGUGUGUGGCCCUGUUGGAACAUCUAAAUAAGAUAGUGUAACUUAAAUUGUGUACUCUUUAUUUGUUGAAUAUUUGUAUGCACGUCUGAUGUAUCUACACUUUAUAUGUCCACUAUUUAUAUGUACCUCUGCUGCAUCUAUACUUUAUAUGUCCACUAUUUAUAUGUACCUCUGCUGCAUCUAUACUUUAUAUGUCCACUAUUUAUAUGUACCUCUGCUGCAUCUAUACUUUAUAUGUCCACUAUUUAUAUGUACCUCUGCUGCAUCUAUACUUUUUAUGUCCACUAUUUAUAUGCACUUCUGCUGUAUCUAUACUUAAUUUGUAUGUACCUUUGCUGUAUCUAUAUUUUAUUUGUAUGUACCUCUGCUGUAUCUAUACUUUAUUUGUAUGUACCUUUGCUGUAUCUAUAUUUUAUUUGUAUGUACCUUUGCUGUAUCUAUACUUUAUUUGUAUGUACGUUUGCUGUAUCCACACUUGAAAUGUUCAAUAUUUGAAUAUACAUCUGCUGUAUCUCCAGAGAAGACCUGGCCAAACCAGCAGGAAAUCUAUACAUGCACAACCUAAAUGGCAUUUUGGAGACUGCCAUCCGAGCAACCAACGCUCAGUUUGAUGACAGUGACAUACUGCGAAGGCUUGAUGUCCGACUUCUGGAGGUCUCCCCUGGAGACACGGGCUGGGACGUCUUCAGUUUAGAAUACAGAGUGGAUGGCCCCAUUAGAACAGUAUUAGUUGUUUUAAUAUAUUAAUUACUACUUAUCUGUACCAUGCUCAUUCAUCAUUUAAAUGUAUCUAUAGCAACUAAAUCAAUAAAUUUACUCAUGGCUGCCUUAAAGUGCCGGUAUUGAAGGGACAUAUUGCCCCAUUAAUUAGUCUGAGAGGGACAUAUUGCUCUUUCAGUCUGAGAGGGACAUAUCACCCCAUCAUUCUGAGAGGGACAUAUCACCCUAUCAGUCAGAGAGGGACAAAUCACCCCAUCAUUCUGAGAGGGACAUAUCACCCCACCAGUCUGAGAGGGACAUAUCACCCUAUCAUUCUGAGAGGGACAUAUCACCCCACCAGUCUGAGAGGGACAUAUUACCCUAUCAGCCUGAGAGGGACAUAUCACCCCAUCAUUCUGAGAGGGACAUAUCACCCUAUCAGUCUGAGACCCCAUCAUUCUGAGAGGCACAUAUCACCCCACCAGUCUGAGAGGGACAUAUCACCCUAUCAUUCUGAGAGGGACAUAUCCCCCCACCAGUCUGAGAGGGACAUAUUACCCUAUCAGCCUGAGAGGGACAUAUCACCCCAUCAUUCUGAGAGGGACAUAUCACCCUAUCAGUCUGAGAGGGACAUAUCACCCCACCAGUCUGAGAGGGACAUAUCACCCCACCAGUCUGAGAAGGACAUAUCACCCUAUCAGUCUGAGAGGGACAUAUUACCUCAUAUAUAUAUGUUCAAAUAAUUUGAUUAUUCAUUGACCCAAGUAUGUAUUACCCCAUAAAUAUAUUUCAAAUAUUUUGACCAUUCAAUGUCAUAGGUAUUCACACCAGAGUGUAAAAUCACAUACCUCCGAGUGUUUAACUUUAUGUGGAGAGCCAAGCGUAUGGAAUAUGUGCUGGCCCAGAUUUGGAAGAACCAGAUGUGCAGUGCCCGUCACCUCAAGUCCAUUCCAGAAUUGUCCCUGAUACUACACACGUGUCACAUGAUCACAACGAACAUGGUCCAUUUCAUCAAGCAAGUGCAGUACUACAUUAAUUUUGAGGUCAGUCAUGUGUACAAAAGAUGUUGUCAUUGGUUGUGAUGAGAUGACUUAAAGUUACAUGAAGUAAGCUAUGGUGAAAUAUUACAUCACAUUACAACAUGAGAUGACUUGCAGUUACAUGGAGCAAGGUAUGUUGAAAUAUUACAUCACAUUACAACAUGAGGUGACUUGCAGUUACAUGGAGUAAGCUAUGUUGAAAUAUUACAUCACAUUACAACACUGUCAUACUUUGGUGGAAUUUUUAUAGUUAUAUUGUGAUGUUCUAUGUAAUAAUAAUAUUGUGAUGUUCCAUGUAAUAGUAAUAUUGUGAUGUUCUAUGUAGCAGUAAUAUUGUGAUGAAUUAGUAAGUAGUUGUUAUAAUUUAAUGAUUUAUGUAAUAGUGAUAUUGUGAUGCUUUAUGUAAUAGUUAUAUUGUGAUGAUUUAUGUAAUAGUUAUAUUGUGAUGAUUUAUGUAAUAUUGAUAUUGUGAUGAUUUAUGUAAUAGUGAUAUUGUGAUGCUUUAUGUAAUAUUGAUAUUGUGAUGAUUUAUGUAAUAUUGAUAUUGUGAUGAUUUAUGUAAUAUUGAUAUUGUGAUGCUUUAUGUAAUAUUGAUAUUGUGAUGCUUUAUGUAAUAUUGAUAUUGUGAUGCUUUAUGUAAUAUUGAUAUUGUGAUGAUUUAUGUAAUAUUGAUAUAGUGAUGAUUUUGUAAUAGUGAUAUUGUGAUGAUUUAUGUAAUAUUGAUAUUGUGAUGAUUUAUGUAAUAGUGAUAUUGUGAUGAUUUAUGUAAUAUUGAUAUUGUGAUGAUUUAUGUAAUAUUGAUAUUGUGAUGAUUUAUGUAAUAUUGAUAUUGUGAUGAUUUAUGUAAUAGUGAUAUUGUGAUGAUUUAUGUAAUAGUGAUAUUGUGAUGCCUUAUGUAAUACAGAAGGGCUUCAAUUUCACAAAUCAAUUGGGACUGGGAGGGGAGGUCCUCCUUAUUUUCUAAUAACAAAACAUCCCACAGAAAGGUUAAAGGUUAAAGAAUUAGUGUGUACAUCUUACUUUACACACAGAUGUCGCAUAAUUGUACAGUGUGUUUGACCUUACUGCUCUUUUGAUCCGAGUCAGCUGAUUUAAUGACAAAACUGCUUCCAAUAAUAGAUAACUGGCAUAGAGGAGAAAUCUGCUUAAUUAUACAUUGACAGUUUCUAGAGUGUGCUUGGGAUGACAUUGUUUAAUUAAGCUAAUUUAUGCUGACAGUUUCUAGAGUGUGCCUGUGAUGACGUUUUUGAAUUAUGCUAAUUUAUGGUGACAGUUUCUAGAGUGUGCCUGGGAUGACGUUGUUUAAUUAUGCAUAUUUAUGCUGACAGUUUCUUAAGUGUGCCUGGGAUGACAUUGUUUAAUUAUGCUAAUUUAUGCUGACAGUUUCUUGAAUGUGUCUGGGAUGAGUUGUUUAAUUAUGCUUAUUUAUGCUGACAGUUUCUUGAGUGUGCCUGGGAUAACGCUCUUUAAUUAUGCUAAUUUAUGCUGACAGUUUCUUGAGUGUGCCUGGGAUAAAGCUCUUUAAUUAUGCUAAUUUAUGCUGACAGUUUCUUGAGUGUGCCUGGGAUAAAGCUCUUUAAUUAUGCUAACUUAUGCUGACAGGUUCUAGAGUGUGCCUGGGAUGAACUUCUGACCAAGGUCCAUGAAGCUAAGGACCUGGAUUACAUCAUAGCUGCCCACCAAGUGUUUCUAGACACAAUAUUAAGUAGAUGUUUGCUUAAUGACAAAUCUAGAGUGAGUACAUGUGAACUAGAAGAUCCCCCAUUUAUGUGUACCCUAAUCAACCUAGCGAUCUAAUAAUUAGAUUACCUUAGUUACUUCUAGACUAGAUAUCUCAAUACAUUAGUUUAUAGGUCAAUGCCAUUCUCAGACAUGUUCUAAUUUCUCUCUCCCAUCAAUCUCGUACCAGGACAUCCUUCAGCUUUUGAGGACUUUGUUUGACCUAAUUAUUCAGUUUGAGACUGCCCAGGGUGUGUUUUAUGAAGCUGUUUCUUCUGAAGUGCUGACCAGGGAAAUUUUUGAGAAGUCUAAGAAAGACAGGACAUUAAAGGUACUUCUAACCCUCUGAAAAUACUUGACGUUCUCUUAAGUCAUUUUCAAUGUUAUAUCAUUAAGCAAUUUUAAAUAUUAUAUCAUUACAGAGAAAUAAGCUGGGGGGGUGGGCCACAAGGCUGCGUUCUCUCCCCUGUACUGUAUACAAUAUAUACCAAUGAUAUUCAGAGCUCAAGUGACACCGUUCCAAUCUUAAAAUUUGCUGAUGACACCACCAUUGUUGGCCUAAUAUCCGAGGGAGAGGGCUUAUACCGCAACUUAAAGUUACAAGCUUUAUCAAUUGGUGCGAUGAAAAUUUUCUCCAGCCGAAUGUUUCAAAUGGUUGUUGAUUUCAGGAGGGGGAAACACCAGAUUACAGUUCUCAACAUAAAAAAUCAAAGUGUAGAGAAAGUAGAGGAAUAUAAGUACUUAGGUGUCACCAUUAAUUAUAAGCUAACAUGGCAUGAGCACGGCCAAAUGCUGUAUAAGAAAUUCAACCAAAGACUGUUCUACCUCAAAAAACUGUACAAUAUCGGUGUAAACAAACAAUUCGUUAACUUAUUCUAAAGUGCAAAAAUUGGAAGUUUACUUAAUUUCAGUAUUACCUGCUAGUGUGGGAAUUCAUCGUCUGAUAUUAAAUACCGAAUCAACAGACUAAUAAAGAAAGCUAGGAACAUAACACAGACUAAACAUCUUUCACUUGAAGAACUAUUUGAAGAAAGAUGUUAUAAAACUAAACAAAUUUUGGAUGAUACAUCCCACCCUCUUCAUCACAGAUACUUUGGAUCUGCACUUUGGGGUGAAAUCUUUCUCUCAGGGCGAGGACUGAAAGAUAUAAAAAUUCCCCAAUCUAUACAAAUUUACUAGCAUGCUCCCCCUGAAGUCACAAAUCUUAAUGAGAACUAAUCAGCCCCUGAUAUGGCUAAGAGAAUUCACUGAAUGGUUGUUAUUUGCACUAGUGAAAUAAUUUAAUGUAGUUGUCUUGUGUUCAAAUUGUUUUAUUUAUGUGCUGAAAAUGUAUAAUGCAAUCAAAAAACAUUUCCAUUUGUUUGGAUCAAUAAAAGAAUCUUAUCUUAUCUUAUUAAGCAAUUUUUAAUAUAAUAUUAUUAAAAGCAAUUUUAAAUAUAAUAUCAUCUACCCAUCAUCUUCCAGUUGUUUUUUUAUCCAAUCAUCCAGAGUUAAUUAUCCAAUUAUAAAGGAUUUAUUGGUUUAUUAUUAUUCAAUUGGUCUCCAAUUAAAAUUUUAAACAUUAUCACAUCCAGUUCCUCUGGUUUAUUUUACUUGUUCAAACAAAAAAAAGAGAACUUGGCCUUUAUCACCUACUGUGUGAUGUUCAAUGUUUUAGAAAACCUGUUGUUUGCCAAACCUUUUUUUAAAAAUAUUGUUCAACUCUUCAAGGGUGAAUGGGAGACCAAUGAAGCUAUUGAGAAGGAAGAGAAAAAGAGGAGAAAAGGUUUCCUGUCCACUAUCAUACCUUCAACCAGGGCCAAGCUUCAAGUACUUUCCACUGCUUACCAGGUACCGGGUACUCUUUCAAAAUACAGAUACAAAAUUAUUUUUUUUAAAUUCGUGAAAACAAAAUUUGAAAUUUUUCCUUAAGGCUAUCAGUUGAACAUUUGCAGAGAAGGCAAAAUAAAUUGAUUGGUGAUGCUGGGAUAUCCUUUUCCACAACAAACCCUACUGACCUAGAUGAACACAAUUUUUAAAAGUCACCAGUGAUGCAACCAGUGCAUGGCUGUUCACGCUAUCAAUAAGUGGGGAUGGAGACAAGACACACACACUGAUGACCAAUAGAGUCAUCUUAUGUUUUUCUUAUACCAUGCCCCCCUCCCCUAAAAUUUGAAUACAUUUUUAUCUAUAAGUCUCUUGGCUGUGCAUGCAUAAAAAUUGAGCUAUGUGCUUUCAGGACACGGUGGAACAGUUUCUGAAGAUGGUUGCAUCCCAUCCUGAUGCUAGUCUACGAUUUCUCUGCUUCCGUCUGGAUUUCAAUGAACAUUAUAAGGUCAGGGAGCCCCGCGGGAGAUCAUCAUACUUGCGUGCAAAGUAAUUGCCCUUGUCUACGCAGGGACCAGACAUUUUCAUUCGUGUAGAUGCAAUGUUUAUUUUCCUUAAUGAAAUGUUAGGAAGAACAGACAAAACCUGGGCAUGGGUUGAAAUGCUAUUAACUAUGGAAUUCUGGGGUUAACUAUGGAAUUCUGGAGUUAGCUAGGGAAUUCUGGUGUUAUCUAUGGAAUCCAUGAGUUAACUGUGAAAUUCUUGGUUUAACUUUGGAAUUCUUGGUUUAACUUUGGAAUUCUUGGUUUAACUGUGGACUAUGGGGUUCCUCUUGUUAUAAGAAUCUGCAGGGGUUACACAAGAAAUUUUGUCAUAAUAAUUCAUAGCAUUCAUGAUGUAAAAAUGACAUUUCUUUCAAAGUAUAAGUAAAUGUUUAAAGAAAGUGCCCAAAACCCAUACCUGUCUAACAGAAUCUCAUGUGACUACUAAGCAAAGGGGCAUAACUCCAAUAGACAUGUAAAUGUUUUUUUCUUUUUAAAGAAAAGGAAAUAAAUUAUUCUUAAAAGUGAUUGUUUUUCAAAAUUUAUGUGAACUUUUUAAUGAUAAAAGUGAAUGAAAGUUAAUAAUUGCAAUAAAAUAUAUGAUUGACUGCCAUCCCCAACCACAGAUGUACAAGUACUAAUGUAAAAGUCCAAACCUGAUUUAUCUCUACUUGUAACAAUAGGAUCAUUAUUAUCACUUCCCGCAUCGAUUUCAAAGGAUUCUACAUCAAUCUGUUGGUAGUAAAUUUCCCAUGAGCUUGUACUGCCAUGCUGAACUCCUCACACAUUGAAAAUCGGUAACAAAAGAAUUUAAAUCAAUUUGUUUUCUUCAAAGGGAAUAGGCUACAUCCGCUUGAGAAUAGCAAUAAACUUUAGCAAUCAUGUUAUUUGGGAGUGAGGCAGCUCGUUGCCUUGAACUACAGUUGCAAAACAAAACAAAAAAAGUCCUCUUUACUUCAUUUAGAAAGGUUCUUAAUGCCUAUGGAGGUUAUAGAGACAGACUGAGGAAAGUUAUGUGACGCACAUGUUUUAGCCACUGUGGAUACUUUGAAAGCUGAAGAUGUUAGCAGUGAUAGCAAAUAGACUGAAUGCUGAAGCUGAUCACAAAUAGACUGAAUGUCGAAACUGAUCGCCUUUGCAGAUAAAUUUACAGCUGAAGAUUGAUGUCACAAUUCCAAUUGUUUGAUAUUUAAUUUUGAGUUCAACGAUUGUAUGGCCAACUAUAACAGAGUUGUGUUAGGAAAACUUAUGACCUAUCUAAUAAUUCAUGUCUUCAAACACAGGGAAAUGAUUUCAGUGCUAAUCUAUGGGAUGCAGAUGUCGACACUGAUAUAAUCUAGUUGAUGUAGAAUUACUGAUUUAUAGGGAACUUUCAUUUCUCUUUAAUACUUUCACUACAGUGGUGAAUAUUUGUUUAAAAAAACAUUUUCCAUUGCUUAGAUUGAAAUUCUUUUUUGGUUUUUCAUUCUCAAUAUAAUUAAAGCUAUUUAGCAUUCAUCUAUUAGCAUGGGUCCAUUAGCGUGUAGCAAUUAACAUGUGGCCAAUAGCAUGUGAUCAGGUCUGGUGAGUUGAGAGACAUUUCUUGCUGACCAGAUGUCCUGCAGCUCAUCAACAGAUGGGACAUGGUCAUUUCUUGUUUAACUUAGAUGUCCUACAACUCAACAACAGAUGGGACAUUUUCAUUUCUUGUUUAACUUAGAUGUCCUACAACUCAACACCAGAUUUUGUGCCUUAAUUGUUGGGAAGGUACAUGGGUGCCAUCAGCAGAGAUUGAAAUUGAAUUGUACAUAAAAAUAUAAUUACUAUUUCCUCCUGUUUUUUUUUUAAUAAUAUAUCAAUAAUUAUAUUUUAUCUUUUAUUAUAGAUUUAUAAUUUGAUAAAUUAUUACUCUGUAAUUUAUACAUGUC